AUGAAAAAACAAAACGUACGGACCAUCUCUCUGAUCGUGUGUACGUUCACAUACCUGUUAAUUGGUGCCGCCGUGUUCGAUGCACUCGAGUCAGAGACGGAGAAGAAACGCUGGAAGGCGCUCAGUGCAAUCGAAAAUAUCCUCAUCACACGGUACAACAUCAGCUCGGAAGAUUUCAAAGUCAUCGAAACGGUGAUUAUGAAAUCGGAACCACACAAGGCCGGCCAGCAGUGGAAGUUUUCGGGUGCGUUUUACUACGCCACCACAGUGCUGACGACGAUCGGGUACGGUCACUCGACGCCAUCCACGGUCAGUGGGAAGAUCUUCACCAUGUGCUAUGCGGCCAUCGGCAUUCCGCUGGGGCUGGUGAUGUUCCAGAGCAUUGGCGAGCGCGUCAAUCGGCUGAGCAGCGUGAUCGUGCACGCGGUGAAAACGUCAUUCAACUGCAAGAAAGCGAUCGCCUCCGAGAUUGAUCUGAUACUGGUCGUCACGACGCUUAGCUCACUGACCAUAGCGGGUGGUGCGGCAGCAUUCAGCAAGUUUGAAGGUUGGAGCUACUUCGACUCGGUGUACUACUGCUUCAUCACACUCACGACGAUCGGUUUCGGUGAUAUGGUGGCACUGCAGCGGGAUAACGCGCUGAACAAAAAGCCGGAGUACGUGGCGUUCGCGCUGAUCUUCAUCCUGUUCGGGCUGGCUGUGGUGGCUGCAUCGUUGAAUCUGCUCGUGUUACGUUUCGUUACGAUGAACACGGAAGAUGAGAAGCGUGAUGAGGCGCAAGCUAUACAAGCAAUGCAAAUAGCGGUUAAGCUGGACGGUGAUAUCAUCACGGGGAACACGGACAGUGUCGAUGAACGAUGCUACGAUCGGAUCUCGGUCAUCAACCCGCUGACGGUGUGUCACAACUGUCCGACCAAGUUCGACAUGACGGAAGCCGGCAAUGGGUGUUACAUCGAUACGAGCUAUCGUUACCCGUUGAUGGACUGCGAGAUGACGCAGCUACGAUCGCCGGCCGGUUUCAGCGGUCCGGGAAACAACGGUCACCGGAUGCAAGAUUUUGAAACCGACGACGAUGGUCUAAUACGACCGUUACGGUACGAUUUCCACCCGAGCCGUGGUCGGGCAUCGGUUUGA